GAGGAGAUAAAGAGUUGCAGUAAAUUCUUGAAGAAGUCAUUGAAGGAGAACAAGCAGCUCUGGUCUCUAGCUGCUCCUGCCAUCUUCACCACCAUCGCUCAGUAUUCCCUUGGAGCCGCCACCCAGGUCUUCGCCGGCCACCUCACCACCCUCGAGCUCGAUGCUGUCUCCACCGAGAACAUGGUCAUCGCCGGCCUUGCCUUCGGCAUCAUGUUGGGAAUGGGAAGUGCACUUGAAACACUAUGCGGGCAAGCAUACGGAGCAAAACAGGUACACAUGUUGGGUAUAUACAUGCAACAUUCAUGGGUCAUCCUCACCUUGAUGGCUUUCAUCCUGUUGCCCAUCUACAUCUUUGCCACUCCAAUCUUGAGAUUCUUCGAUCAGGAUGAAGAGAUUGCACGUGUCGCCAGAAGAUUCACGCUCUACAUGAUCCCUCAAUUGUUCGCGUACGCAAUCAACUUCCCAAUGCAGAGGUUCUUGCAGGCACAAAACAAGGUCAUGGCCAUGGCAUGGGUAUCUGGCCUUGCACUGCUCUUCCAUAUCUUCCUCUGUUGGCUCUUAAUUGUGCAAUUCCAGCUUGGGUUGGUUGGUGCAGCAAUUGCACUCAAUUUGUCUUGGUGGAUAGUAGACCUGGGCCAAUUUUUUUACAUUGUCAUGGGCUAUUGCCCCGGAGCUUGGACCGGGUUCAAUUGGGGAGCCUUCCGUGACUUGGCCACCUUCGCUCGUCUUUCAAUUGCUUCUGCCAUUAUGUUGUGCCUUGAAUUCUGGUAUUACAUGCUGCUUGUGGUGUUAGCGGGCAACUUGAAGGAUGCUCAGAUUGCAGUGGCUUCCAUUUCCAUCUGUACCAAUCUCAAUGGAUGGGUGCUCAUGAUCUUCCUAGGUUUCAAUGCAGCAAUCAGUGUGAGGAUCUCAAAUGAACUUGGAGCAAGAAGGCCAAGGGCAGCGAAAUUCUCAAUAAUUGUGGUGGUUCUGACUUCAGCAUUGAUAGGUGUAAUGUUCCUCGCUAGCAUCUUGUAUCUGAGGAAUGUCUAUGCUCUUCCCUUCACAAAUAGUCCUGAUGUUGCCAAAGCUGUGUCUCACCUUGCCGUCAUCUUCGCCUUCACAUUGUUGCUUAACAGUGUUCAACCUGUUCUAACAGGUGUGGCUGUAGGAGCAGGAUGGCAGUGGUUGAUAGCUUAUGUGAACAUUGGAUGUUACUAUGCUGUGGGUCUUCCUCUUGGGUUCUUGCUCGGUGCUCAAUUGGACUUGGGAGUUGAGGGAAUAUGGGCUGGAAUGAUCACUGGUGUUGGCUUGCAAACUGUGAUCCUAACAGGCAUAACUUUUGGAACAAACUGGAGUAAAGAGGCUGAGGCCGCAGGAUCUAGGAUAAAGGAAUGGGGUGGAUCAGUAGAAAACCCAAUUGAAAGUAUUAAGGACCCGCGGAAGAAAUCACAGCAACUUUCAAGUUUCAGCGGCGGACAGUUCCCUCCGUUUUUAGAGUUGUCUAAUUGUCGUCGAUUGAACCUCACUUUAAUCAAAGAUUACCUGGCCUUGUAUCGUUCUGAUUAUAGAAAAUUUGUCUCUGAUAUAUGGUUCAUAGAGAUUAAAAAGUUCAAGUGCAAUGAGCUGUGCCGAUAUUAUCAUACAAAUGUGGUUAGGUCAUGGCCUAAUGAAUAUGAUUUCAAUCUUGUGGGUAUAUUGAGCAGUAACAUGCUCUUGUGCAAGGUAACUGAAAAUAGUCCUAGUUGCCCCCGAGAAGACAGCGCACAGUUCUUACCAGUGAAAGAGGACCCAAAGAUGGAAACAGUGAACCGUAGCAAUCUUUUUGUUUAUUGUUUAGAGAAUGAGCAAUUGAUGCAUGUUGGGGUGUCUAGAGCAAUUCCAACUUGGUUCAAUGCAACAAGUUUUGUUCCAAGCCUUGUAUCUCCUGUUGUUAUUCAUUUUGGCAAGUCAAGAAAAGAUACUAGUUACAGGGUCAUAUCUUUCAAUUGCCGUCCUCGCUGCUCUCCACCUUCAGAUUAG